AUGCAUUUCUCCCGUUUACCCCAACAACUCCUUGGGCCUCGAGAGGUUGUUUAUUCUCGUUACAAAAAUAUCCUUCUCCCUCAAAUCAUCACAGGUAUCCGACAUGCUUCCUCAAAAUCAAAAAAACAGCUUGUUCUCGAGAAACCAGCGAAGUUUAACCCUCCUUCGCAUGGUGCUCGUCUUCGCAAGCCAGGUAUCAAAUAUUCUGGCCCUCCAUUGACUGCUGAAGAUAUCGCAAGACAGGGCUCCAAAAAAUAUCCAAACAUGAUGCCACCGGAAGGAACAUUUAUGCACUGGUUUAUCCACAACAGGCUUUUACACCUAUGGCUCUCACUCGUACGGCUCUCAUUCAAAGGAACCUUAACCAGCUUGGCUGUGACAGUAUUUGUUACCAAUUUUAAGAGAAACUCGCCGUUUGCGGAUAUGCUCCCUGAUUGGUAUAGCUUGUUUCUUCAUCCAAUCAAAUUUUGGAGGACUCUAACUGAGGUCAUAAAACUGGAUACAGUCAGAGUAUCUGAAGAGACGGCCGCAAGAAGAAAAGAGAGGGUUGAAGAAGUAACGAAACGAGCAGCAUUCAGGAAGGCGCAUGGAUUAAGUGAAAAUGCCGGACUUGGUGCAUGGGUAUCAAGCACUAACAAUGGUACCAAUAGUUUAGAUGGGCGAGUAAAAAUCCAAAAUGGUGAAGUCGCUGAUGUGCCGAGUCAAGCGUCUAAUUUGGAAAGCCAAACAGAAAUAAAGGAAGAAGUACAGGAAAAGAGACCAAUUAAGAAAUGGCUAGGGAUUUGGUAG